ACACAGUAUCUUUAGCACCACCUGGUGGUCAACACUGAAUACCGCAGACAGCAUGGCGGCCACCGUCAGGACUUUGUGCUGUUCGGUGUUGAGAAACUCCAGCAGGCAGUUCAGCACAACAUGCGGAGUACAGGCCGGAGAGAAAUGGAGGAAAGAACAUGGACUUUCUCGAAGCGGCACAGAAUAUGGACCUCUGACAGAUCUGCCUGACUGGUCGUUUGCAGACGGAAGACCAGCACCACCAAUGAAGGGCCAGGUGAGAAGAAAGCAAGAGAGGGAAGUUUUAGCAAGACGCAUCGUGAUGCUGAGCGCGGAGGUGGACAGAGGAAUAGAGACAUGGAAGGAAAAACAGGACGAGACCAAAAGAAUGGAGGAGCAUAAAAAGUCUCUUUUAUUCAAACCUAAAGGGAUGCUAUUAAUGAAGAAAAAAUCUAAAAGUUAGCACAGAUUAUCACCGUAAUCAUGUUGUAAUAUCCUUAUUCUAAAUAAUAUGUUGAUAUUCCGCCUAUUGGAUAUAUUUAUAAUUUGUUUUUCAGUAUUCAUGUACAUGGAUUUCUGAAAUAAAUACUUGUUCUCUUUUUGA